GUCACUCGUCACAUGACCCGCGCCACUGUACUCCGGUAGGCCAUAUUUGACAGUGGCCCACUAGUUUAGCGACGUGAGUGACGUGAACAUCGUUUUACGUUCGACGGAACCGUUUCGCCGCACGGCAGAACCUGUAAAUAUCCCCGCGGAUCCAUCUCGACCGACGAGAGACCCAACAAAUCGAGUCAGAAUGAGUACGGAAGAAGCCCCGAUUUACGGGCCGUUCUUCGGCGUGAUGGGCGCCGCCUCUGCCAUCAUAUUUUCUGCUCUAGGAGCAGCAUAUGGCACAGCGAAGGCCGGUACAGGAAUCGCAGCCAUGUCUGUCAUGAGGCCAGAAUUAAUCAUGAAAUCCAUCAUUCCUGUUGUCAUGGCAGGUAUCAUUGCCAUUUAUGGUCUUGUAGUGGCUGUGCUCAUUGCUGGCAAUCUUGAGAAGGUCCCUAAAUACGACCUGUACACGGGUUUCACCCACCUGGGCGCCGGUUUGGCCGUAGGCUUCUCCGGUCUAGCUGCCGGAUUUGCCAUUGGUAUCGUCGGUGAUGCUGGUGUGAGAGGCACUGCUCAGCAACCUCGUCUUUUCGUCGGUAUGAUUUUAAUUCUAAUCUUCGCCGAAGUGUUAGGUCUCUACGGUCUGAUCGUCGCCAUCUACCUAUACACCAAGUAAACGGUCAGUAACGGCAUUCUACUACCUGCCACAUGGCUCCAUGCAAGACAUGUCGCCUGCAACCAACAGCGCUCCCCGAACUACUAUUAUGCUAAACAAAAAAAAAUUUGUUUCGACAUUUUACUUAACUCACGUUACUCCAUGCAUACCUAUCUACUUCUUAUACCAUCUCUCGGUUCAUCUCUUUGCGCGUUCCUUCUCUCCUGUAAUAUCGUAAACUCGAUGAAAAUCGAUCUAUCUUUAGCGUCCGAACAUUUGUAACCACACACCACAACGCCAUUACUCAUUCACACAAAUCGUAUAAUUAUAUUCGACGAUCGAGAAAUGCGCCCGACAUUCUAUUGAUUUCGCGACAUCGAUGCGCAAUGACGCUGCGAUAUGCGAAAAAAGCGAAUGUAUAGCUGAGAAAGAUGGAAAGAAAAAUGAAGAACAGUCGACAGGGAAAUACAAAUUGCAUACAUAUAUGUAUAGAGAGAAAAGAUCUCCCAUGUUGAUCCCAUUGUCGAACAUUUCUCUUUCACUGUAUAGUAAUCAUCAUUUGUAGCUUAGUUACGAUAUUGAAUUACCAGUUAAAGUAAUAAUCGGCUCUACUUGAGUGUAUAAAAGAAAACAGUUAUUGAUAAAAGAAUAUUUAGCACAAUUAUAUAUAUAUAAAUAUAUAUAUUAAAUGCAAUCGCGAAACGGCAGGUACGCGAAUAAAUAUCACGUAAGAGAAUAAAAAAAAUGGAAAAACUCUAAAGAAAUGAAAUUAUAUCAUCGGGAUAGGAAUAUGUACGAGUAAGUGUAGGCGACACGCGAAUCGCGCGUGAUAAAACGGCGUAAUAUAAUAAAGAGAGAUAGGAAGAAAGAAAGAGUGAGAGAGUGCAAUUGUACCGGACAAGAUCUCGCGUGGACGGAGAUUGUUCAGUUGAAAACAAAAAAUUAAUAAAAGAAUGAUCGAUGAAACUUUGGUAAAAAAAAAAGAAAAAAAAGUAUGAAUGCGAAUAGUAGUUGAUCAACAGGUAUACAUACACGAUAGUAUUAAGUCAAUUGAGAGGCUGCUGGACGCGGCGAAAUUUCACAUUUUCACGGUUAUUCAUCGACAACGAUACGAGAGACCAGAGACGAGAAAAAAGUCCCGUUUAAUCGUUUGCGGAAGCCGCAAAGGCCAGCGGUCGACAUUCGAUUAAACGUGCGAUUUUUUUAUCCGGUCCAUUAGACACAUAUAUUAGUUCCAUCACUGUGAGAGGAAAGAAACGUCAUCGUAUGUCAAUGGAGUAACGGGGAUGUGAAAAAGCUUGCGUUAAAUCGUAUAAAAACACCGUACGUGUACCAGUAGACACACAUACACACAACAUACAUACACAAAGAGGGACAAACAUACUACCUUAUAAUGGCGAGAAAUCGAUGAUUACCUAAGAAGAGAGAAGUUAUUAUAUAUACGAUAAUAACGAGGCAUGUGUAAACGAAAAAUAAUUUGUACAUUCCAUAUUAAGUUCGUUCAGUGUAGGCGAGUGGGCGUUUAAAAGAGAGAGAGAGAGAGAAAAAAAACAAAAUUCAAUACUCGUCCCGAUCAAAAUUUCAACUGAUGACAACCGAUCAGCUGACGAACGCGUAGGCUGGAUUGUCGAUUGGGAGCUGACGAUCGCAUCCCUCGCGUGUGUCGCGAUCUUUCGAGCAUCACCUCUCCCCGAAAUUUUGACAGACACGAAGAAUUUAAAUAAACACAAAAAGAGAAACGCCCGCUUGCCAUUUUUUUCGACUGUGCAGUAUUUUCUACCUAAGAGAAACAAGCUCGAUGUAUAGGCGCAUUUUCGGCAGGAAAGGUGCGAGAUGUCAUCCAGAGAGUUAAAUCGAUAAAUUUUGAAGAAGUGGAUGUAAACGAGUCAAAGAAAGGAGUCAUUAACAACACUGUUUUCGCCUCGAAAAUACACCUAUACAUGUGUCGUAAGAUCACCGGAAACGUAUAAUAGAUUCCUCGACGUUCUCGUCGAGGAAGAAAACGAAGGAAGGAAACGGCAAGAGUUUAGGAAAUUUUCCGGAAAUUCGCGCGCGUCCAUAAAAUCAACGCGUCGCUAUAAAAAAGAAAUAUAAUGCACGAGCGAACCGGGGAGCGGUGGUGGUGGUUUGUUUAUCUUUUCUUUUUUUUUUUUUUUUUUUUAAUAGGAACGCAAUUUUCGAAAACAUCACUUUACGCUUUACGAACAAACUGCAGGCACAUUAAAAAAAUUUUAAUCGCCAAAUUAUAUCUUUCUUCCCCCAUCUCCCCCAAUUUUUCCUGUAUUUUACUAUAUAACGCAUAAAAGCACACAAAAUCGAUUAUAUAUAUCGAGUCAAAAAACGAAUCCGGGAUUUAAUUAUAGUUGUGCGCGCGCGUGUGAUGUAUAUACAUACCACCACGAUGCUUCACGCUACGAUAAUUACAAUUUAGGCUAGAUUAGGUUAGAGGUAUUGUUGUAUACCAAAACCUCGUGUAGCUGAAUGAACGAUAAUUAUUCAAUAUGUAUAAUGGAAGGAUGCGUAUGUGUGAGCGAGAGAGAGAGAAAGAGUGAUUGAAAGAGUAUACGAGAGAAAAGAGAAUGAAAGAUAGAUGCACCUGGCAGAGGGAACAGAGAGAAAGAGAAACCACCACCCCAUCCACCCUCGCCCGAAUCCCCAAACUCUAUUAUCUUCCAGUGUUACUAAUAGACUCAUUGUUGAGCACGAAAAAGUGAUACUGAUCGACGAUGAUUAUUUAUGUUAUAAUUCGUCCUCGAUGUUACAGAGAAACCGUGUUUAAUAAAAAUUUCAUUUGGACAAAAAGACAAAAGCGGUAUCACUUAACCAGUCAUCCGGGAACUUCACCUGGAGUGUGUUUGGUCCGGAGAAUGAGAGCGGCUUGGAUUCUAAUCGAUACUAGAUUCCAUCGAAAUCAAUAAAUUGAAAACAAAAUCGUAAAAAUGUCAGAGCAAGGAUCCGUCAUCUCCACUCUUGCUGAUUAUUCACGUCACUAUCAUUCAUUGAAAACAGAUUAGAAUCCAUCGUUGGAAUUCCAAUCCGCUUCCGGGACACCUUGUACGCAAAGUACAUACAAGUAUAAAUCUGACAGUCGAAUAUAUAUAUAUGUGCAUGAAUUUGAGAUAUCCAUUUCUAUCACUGCCAUUCAAUCGAAACGAAAGGGAAACGGUACAUAUACACUUGCUCUACAUUCAGCACACAAAUAUAUAGACAUACACACACACACACACACUUAUUUUGCGGCGACUUUGCGAUAUAUAUUUUAAUAGCAUCACACAUCCUCACAAUCGGUGCAAAAGAAAACGUGUAGCGCGAAUAAAACGCUUUGUGUUCAUUCACGGAUAUAAAGUCAGAAAGAAUGAUUUUACAGAGAUAUUUUAAUGCGACCGCGUGAGAUAUAUGUUGAUUAUGUCUCACGAUGUCUUUAGUUUAACUUUCCGAAAAUGAUAAUAAUAAAAAUGUGAACUUGUUCGAAUCGUGAUACUUGUACCUCAUUCUUACAAAGCCGCUUUUUGUAACAGUUCGAUUAAAAAGAAAUCCAGGAAAGAAAAAUAAUUAUUCCAUGCAGUUUCUUGCUGAUGCUGAAUACAAUCGCCAGAGCCUACGAGAUGCUUUAUCACAUUUUUUAGAAAUUUAAAAUUAGUAUUUUUACUUUAUGUUACAACUUCGAUAUGCGUUGAAAAAAUUUAUUUCGCUCCAAAUGAAAUACAUUGAUUUUUUAUGAAGCGAUUAAAAUUAAUAAGAUUUUCGUAAUUAAAUCGUCGGACGAUUUUAAUAAACAUUUUUCGAUAAUACAAUUUUGAACGAGACAAACGAGGCACUUUUUCUAUUCAAAAUGUGUGACGAGUAGGGAAAACCUUUCUCUGAUCAUUCGUAUUGAGCAUCGAGAUAAAUCUAAGGAAUGACUAUUCUUUUUCUUCAAGAUUUUUCUUGUUAUUGAA